GUGGACGCCAGGGGGGAUGCAUGCAUGCCCCGCGUCGUGUCGUCGUCGUGUAACAACACUUGCUCGUCUGCACUACCUCACUCCACCCCACACCCACACACACCAUGUCGUCCGACGAGGGCAACAAGGAGGCCGUGUACUCGGCCCACGUCCGAGAGCUCUCGGAGAAGUACCAUGACCACGGCGAGGCGGCCCAGCUCGAGGAGCUGGGCUACAAGCAGGAGCUCAACCGCAACCUCGGCAUGGUUGCGGUCCUCGGUCUCAGCUUUGCCAUCAUGGCCGUCCCCUUCGGUACCAGCACAACGUUCUACAUCGCCUUGACGGACGGUGGCCCGGUUACGAUUCUCUAUGGUUGGAUCUUCGUCUCCCUCGUCUCAUGCUGCAUCGCCGCGUCUCUUGCUGAAAUCUGCUCGGUCUACCCCACCUCGGGAGGUGUCUACUACUGGUCCGCAAUGCUCUCCACGCCAGAGUACUCUGCCUUCUCGUCCUACCUCACUGGCUGGUUCGGCGCCGUUGGAAACUGGACGGUCACCGCGUCCAUCACCUUUGGUGGCGCACAGCUCAUCCUUGCGGCGGUUACCCUCUUCCACCCAGACUACGAGCCGACAGCAUGGCAGACGGUGCUUGUGUACUGGGCCGCGCUGCUGCUGUCGUACGCCAUCAACAUCUUCUUCAAUGACCACCUGGAAAAGCUCAACACUGUCUGCCUGUACUGGACCGGCGGCGCCGUCAUCAUCAUCAUCGUCACGCUCCUCGCUCGCGCCGAGCACCGCAACUCGGGCAAGUUUGCCUUCAGCCACUUCGACGCCUCGACCUCUGGCUGGCCCAACGCGUGGGCCUUCUUCGUCGGCCUCUUGCAGGCAGCGUACACGCUCACCGGGUACGGCAUGGUCGCUGCCCUCUGCGAGGAGGUCAAGGACGCGCAGCGCGAGGUGCCCCGCGCCAUGGUGCUCUCGGUCGUCGCGGCCGGCAUCACGGGCCUCGUCUACCUCCUGCCCAUCAUCUUCGUGCUCCCCGACCCCCAGCCGCUGCUUGACAUUGCCAACGCCGGCGGCCAGCCCAUGCCCAUGCUCUACAAGACGGUCACGCGCUCGGCCGACGCCGCCAUGGGCCUGCUCUCGCUCAUCCUCGGCAUCUGGCUCUUCGCCACCAUUGGCUCGCUCACCGCCGCGUCCCGCUGCACGUGGGCCUUCUCGCGCGACGGCGGCAUCCCCGGCUCGCAGUGGUGGAAGAAGGUCAACCCCCGUUUCGGCGUGCCCGUGCACUCGCUCACCCUGUCGACCAUCAUCUGCGCGCUCCUCGGCCUCAUCUACCUCGGCUCGUCGGCUGCCUUCAACGCCUUCACUGGUGUCGCGACCAUCUGCCUUGGAUGCUCGUACGCGUUCCCCAUCCUGUGCUCGCUCAUCCGCCGCCGCAAGCUCGUCCAGCACGCGCCGUACUCGCUCGGCAACUUCUUCGGCUACUUCUCCAACAUUGUCACGGUUGUGUGGAUCACGUUCAGCAUUGUGCUCUUCUGUUUCCCCGUCGGCAUCCCCGUCACCGCGCCCAGCAUGAACUAUGCCUCGGUCGUGUUCGCCGGCUUUGGCACGAUCGCGACCAUCUGGUACGUUGUCAACGCGCGCAAGCACUACCAGGGCCCCGUGGUCUCGCUCCUCCGCCGCGAGGAGUCGCGCCAGCCCCAAUCCGGCCGGGCAAGUGUCGCGGCUGGUGCGGCUUAAGCGAGGAGGGGGGAUGUGUCUUGUAGUAGAGUGGCUUUGUCGCGUAUAUCGCAGUUAUCUCCGUAAUCGUCGUGUAAUCUUGUUCCUCAGUGGGAUGCAGCGCAGUGGUG